AUGGACCCUGAAAAGGAAAGUGACGCCAUAAAGGUGUACAUACCGAAGGAAUUGUUGGAAAAAAAGAAUAGAGAAUACGAUAGGAGCGUGUUUGUAGGAUGGAAGGCAAGAAGGAACCGAUUGUUCAUAGUAAACGCAUACGAAGAGAAGGAUGAAAGACUCAAUUCGGUCUUGGAUUCCAUAAAUAAAGAAGCGAAACUGAGGAAUAUAACGUAUAUGGAAAAUGGACUGGAAGUAAUUAAGGAGUAUAAAUUUGAAAAAAGGAAAGAUAAUAAGGAAAGAGAACAAAUAAUACUAAAAAAUGCGAAAACAGGCAGUCGAAUAAGAAACGUAGUAGUAUUAGUGUACAACAACACGUCGUUCGACUUUAAAGCAACAAACCUGUUUAAAAACAUGAACAUACAGGAUGAAAUGGUCAGCGGUAAGAAGAGUAAGGAGUUAAAAUGCACAGAAACGUCGGACAGGAACUCGGAUGUGGGAUCGUGCGCAAUACUCUGUACAGCACUGAAGAAUUACAUAGAUAAGCACACGGAGGACGCGAAGGCGGAGCCGAGAGAGGAGUUGAGUUUGAGUUACAUGAGCAGCUACGACAGGAGAACAGAUGCUGCAGCGUUGUGUACAUACUGCUACUACCAGGUCUUCAUGAAAAUGACGCUGUGCCUGUCAACGGUGGCGUUUCACACACUGAGAGUGCUUAAUUAUGGAGGGAAGAUGGUGAAGUUCAUGGAAAAUAAGUCGAAUUUCGUGUCAAUGGUGAUGAGUAAGCUGAGAACAAUAGCACUGUGGCACAAGCUGUACGAAGAACUUUUAAAUAAAACAGAAAUUGGAGAAUAUAUCGCAGUGAGGAGUGAGUUGAAGGACGUGGCAGUGUCGUUCUACUUGGACCUGUUCCUGGGAAUGGUGUACCUGGUGUGGUUCAGAGAGCUCUUUAUGGAAAAGUUAUUCGUGCUGCGAAGCUACCUCAAGACACAGUACAUAGGGAAGCUGAAGUCGCUGUUCUACGUUUCGACGGCGAAGGUCUUCAUACACCUGAAGCUGAACAACGAAGUGUCGACGUCACUCUCGAAGUUCAUCAUCAACAAGGUGAUACUGUGGAACUACGUGAGCAUGUACCUGAGGCCAGUGAACGUGUUCCUGUUCAAAGCGAUGCACCUCGCUGCAGUGUUCGGGCUGUCGGCGCUGCUGUCGUUCGUCCUGGACGUGUUCACGUUUGAAACGAGGCACCUCUACUACCUGUACUUCGUAAUCCUGGCGCUGAUGAGCUACUGCCACAAGUACCUGUACUCACUGAUACAAAUGUUCAAGGGGAAAAAGUGGAACAUACUCAAGUCGGAGAUGGACACGAACCAGUUCACGAAGGAGCACCUGUUCAUAGGAGUGGUCUUCUUCACAGUGUUCGCGCUCAACUAUCCAACGAUAUGGAUUUUCUACAUCAGCAUAAUCACAAUACUGAUGCCAGUACUGGGUAAGGGAAGAAGUUGCGGCCCGAAACACGAGUUUUUAGUGACCAGGGCGCUGAUGGACGCGUUCAUCGACGUAGUAUACGAGUUCCCAUACUACUUCAUAAUACACAACACUUUCAGCUCAGUAAAAUAUACGCAAGGAGUGCACUUUAAACACAUGUACAUGAAAGCAGAGGAUAUAGAAAAUAUAGAAUCUUCGGAAGAGGUCAACGAAGACGGAACACUGGACUACCUGUAUCUGGAAGUGGUGCCGAACAAGAUACCGCUGAGCGAAAGGACCAGCAGAAUGAAGAAGAAGGUGGGAGAGAAGCUCGACAGAGUGUCUCCAAUAAAGGUGAUGAGGUGCGAAAAUGUGAAAAAGUAG